ACACAAGCGUAGGUAUUGAUAUGUUUACGCGACAAGGAAAAAAUACGGAAAAAAUACUCCGAUCACGUCUUAAAAUAGAACCAGCUUCUAAUAUAGAAUUUGAUAACUACUUUGAUGAUAAAG